CGGAAGGCUACGGCGGCAUGCUGGUAGGGAAGAUCUCUUCCCUACGCACUGCCGGCUCCAAGCUGCUUUUCAUGGAUCUUGUCACCGACACAGGCACUGUGCAGGUGGUCUGCAAACUACCACAUCUACAGCAACACCACUCAGCUACCACAUCGGAGAGCUGGAAAGCCUUCACAAAGACUGCAAGGAAGGGAGACUACUAUUCAGUCGUCGGCCACAAGCAUGUCACCGAACGGGGGGAGCUCUCGCUAUUGGCAAGCGAAUUGCCACGCCUGCUAUCCCCUUCCCUCCACCAAGUUCCUGAAGCCUACGAACAUCCCGAGGCACGUGCAAGGAAUCGCCACGUCGAUAUGAUCGUAAACGCGGAAGCAAUCCAGACUCUCCAGAUGCGCCACGAGAUUGAAGCCGCUAUCCAGGCCUUUUUCAACGAGAGAGAAUUUGUCAAGGUCACCACGCCUUUGCUGAGCGCCACAGCCGGAGGCGCUGCAGCCCGACCUUUCGAGACCGUGGCCACUGAGCUGUCUGACGAGACACUGCAGCUCCGGAUAGCGCCAGAGCUGUGGUUGAAGCGACUUGUCGUCGGCGGCAUGCCCAAAGUGUAUGAGUUGGGCCCAGCAUUUCGGAAUGAGGGCGUGGAUGCUACUCACAACCCAGAGUUCAAUAUCUGUGAGUUCUACGAGGCAUAUGCCAGCCUUGACCAACUCAUGGCCACAACAGAGCGCCUGCUGUGCGAGCUGGAUGCAUACAUUGAGUCGCUACGGAAGCUUGGCAAAUUUUCAGCAUUGUCUCUGCCUGCUAUCCGGCCCAAGUAUACUGAGAUCGCCGGCUCAAUUAGCGAAGUUCAACCAUUCCAAAGAGUAGAGUUCAUCCCGACCCUCGAAAAGAAGCUUGGUAGCAAACUUGGCCACCUCGAAACAGAUGACGCCUACUCUCACAUUGCUGGCCUCUUCUCCGAAAAGAAUAUCCCCAAGCCCGUCAAUCCCACCCUGCCUCGACUCCUGGACGCUUUAGCCGCAGAAUACCUAGAACCACUUUCCAAGGAAGAACCAAUUUUUAUAACGCACCAUCCAGCCUGCAUGUCCCCUCUCUCAAAGCAUUUUAAGUGUCCCAACACGGGUCAGACCGUUGCUGCACGUGCUGAGCUUUUCAUUGGAGGUUGUGAGUACGCAAAUAUGUACGAAGAGGAGAACAGCCCUUUUGAGCAGAGGCGCAAGUUUGAGGAACAGCUUCAGCAGAGAUCAAGAGAUGCGGAGGCGAUGCAACUGGAUGAAGACUAUCUGCGAUGCUUGGAGUGGGGACUUCCCCCGACUGGCGGCUGGGGUUGUGGUGUUGACCGCCUCGUCAUGCUGUUCAGUGGAAGAGAAAGGAUGAGUGAUGUGCUUGCCUUUGGCAGCUUGCGGACCGUGGUCGGCUUGGGGAAGAAAUGA